UUCUGCUCGGUCAGCGUGUCAAUUGUUGUUGUUUUAGAGGCGUUCAGUGAACUGAACAGGUACAGGAUGCUGCGUCUGCGUUGCAAAGCCAAGAACGGGACCCAUCUGAUGCAGGGCCUUACACACCAAUCAUGUGUUCAGGAGCUUAAAGAUAAGAUCGAGGAGCUAACUGGAAUACCGUGUGAUGUACAGAAGAUCAUGGUAGGCUAUCCUCCGUCCAGCCUGGAUCUACGCAAUGGUGAAGCCCACCUCAAAGAAUACCCUAUCAAAUCAGGAGACACGCUGAUUGUAGAGGAGGAGAAGAAUAAACCCAAACCCCAAUCACAAACCACUGUGACCAAAAGGCCCAGUCUUGACCUGUCCCCGGUUAUAGAGCGGCACGUCGUCCCUGCCGACAACUCUUGUCUGUUUACCAGUGUGAACUACGUUAUGGAAGGAGGUGUUUAUGACCCAGGCUGUGCGCCUGAAAUGCGCGGGCUCAUCGCACAGAUUGUAGCUAGUGACCCCACCGCGUACUCCGAGGCAGUAUUGGGCAAGACUAAUGAAGACUAUUGCUCCUGGAUCCGUCGCGAUGACACGUGGGGAGGCGCCAUUGAGAUUUCAAUCCUCUCAAAGUUCUACCAGUGUGAGAUUUGCGUCGUUGACACUCAGACUGUGCGUGUCGACCGCUUCGGCGAGGAUGCUGGUUACACUAAACGAGUGCUGCUAAUUUAUGAUGGGAUUCAUUAUGACCCACUCCAGAAGGUGGUGCCCAAUUCAGAUAUUCCCGCACAGACUGUGUUUUCCACCACCGAUGACAUACUUUUGGCCCAAGCGCUGGAGCUCGCCGAUGAGGCGCGGAGGAAACGGCAGUACACAGACGUCAACCGCUUUGCUCUGCGCUGCAUGGUGUGCCAGACUGGCCUGGUGGGGCAGAAGGAAGCAAGGGAACAUGCCAAGGAGACCGGCCACACCAACUUCGGGGAGGUGUGACGCUCUUCGCUCUGUUUUUUAAAUCACCCCCACCUUUGCCGCGUCACUGCCACGCCACCUAACAUGGUACCUGCUCGUUCUCUGCUGCCUGUUCCAGCUUGGUACAGUCCUCUACCUCACAUUGUUUAGCGGCUUCAGAAGACUCUCACAUGUCGAGUGCCCCCAAGAAUUCAUUAUUCUUUUAACUUUGGUUUACUCUUGAGUUUGAAGUAUUAAAUGUGCUCGUGCUUUUGAGUCUGUUGCCAGAUAUGAUGACAAAGCCGUAUCUUCAAACCAAAUUUUAAAGGGAUUCUCUACUGACUACCUUAUAUAUAAUGAUUACAAUACUAGUAUUAGGGUGAAUUUCGCAAAACACAUCCAGGUCAUAUUUCACUGCAGAAUCAAAGAAGGAAAAAAAAAAAAGACUGUGUAU